AUGUUGAAUUGCCGCUGCCCAGCACUGUUGUAUACAUCAAUUGCCAAGUAUGAAGUAUCAUCACACAUAUACGAUAUGAUCAGUUCGAUGAAUUCUAUCGGAAGCGCUGGCGAUGCACACAUAUUUAGUAAUCUGAGCUACGAAUUCAUUCAAUAA